CAAGAAAUGGAUUGUUAGUAAACAAACUAAAAUAUAAAUUUUUUUAUCAUAGUUAUUUUUUACUAUUUUUACAAAUUCAUACAAACUGCAAACAUGAAACUAUCUACAUUAAGCAACGUUGUACUUGACAUACCGGAUCAUUUUACAUGCCACAGAGACGAAGAACAACCUGCGAAAAUGUUUCUUAUUGGUCAAGAUGUCCUCAUAUUUGAACUUAAGUCUAUACCUCAUUCAACUGAAGGUGCAAAAUUUCGUAUAGAGUUUUUAAAAAUGCCGAAAACUAGCCCCACGAAAGAAAUUCUUACAAAUAAUAAUAUGGUUAAAAUAUAUAAAGAGUCCAAUAUUUUAAAUAGGCAAACACUUUCACUAGACCCACUAUAUGCCGCUGAAUUUUCAGAUGUAAAUAUUGAACCUUCAGCUCGGCAUAUAUGUUGGCCAAAAAAAUUCUCAUUUGAUAAAAAUAUAAUGGCAGUUGUUACAAAUUUCGGACAAUGUGAUAUAUUAGAUUUUACUGAUUUAACAAGAACAUAUGAAAAAACGCUGGUGUCAAUGAAUGAUUUGAUAACAAAAUUGUUCCCACAAAAAAAGACAGAUAAUUUUGAUAUAUUAAAUCAACUAAUUGAAGACACAGUUAUCACAUUUUGCUGUUGGUUUCAUACUGAAAAAAAUAUUUUAUUAUUCUCAACAAUAUCUGGCUGGUUAUAUGCUGCAUGUAUAAAUGAUGUGUUCGAUGCUCAAUUAUUGUUUAAAACUAAAACAAAGUUUUAUAAAAUAAAUCGUUUAAAAUUAUUUAAGUAUUUAAAUGAAGAAAAUGAGUUUUGUAAUGGUGUUAUAGUUUCUGAUAUAAAUGGCGUAAUUGGUUUAUAUCAAAUAAAGGACGAUGAGUUCAAAGAGUUGUGCAUUCUUUGGUCUAAAAAGGAUAAAAUGUCCCCUAAACAAUUUAAUGUAAAUUUUGAUAAUGACAAUAUGAAACUAGUUAUAUCUACAAAUAAGGGAUUUCACUUUCUCAUGUUUAUAGUUUCUACUAAAAAUUGGAAUAUCUUAUACAAAGGAAAUGAAUUUUGUGGCUCUCAAAUUGCAAAUUUUCAGAUGCUAUCAACAUAUGAAUAUAUUGUAAGCACAAUGAUCGGACAUACAAAACAUAUAAAAUUAUCAAUUGAUAAUAAUGACGAAUAUAUUUUUAACUCUAUGAAUAUUUCAAAUGAUUUGGAAAUAGAAAAUUAUACCUUGUCCGGUAUGAUAGCAUCAGAAAAUAAUGUAAUGUAUAUGUUUGUUAUGUUUCCUGAAAAAAAUUUCAUAUUAACACGACAAAGACACGCCACUUUUGUUGCUUGCUGUACUUUAGAUUAUCAUGAUCCCUUAAAAAUAUUGGAACAAUAUGAUAGAAAAAAAAGUGACUCUAAAAACUUUGUUGAUUGUUAUGAAUCUAUUCGCUUACGGUUAAUAAAAAAUAUAAACGACAAUAAUUUAUGCCUGUACACAUUUGAUCCUAUUUUGAUAGACUGGGCAUUUGUACAUAGAUUACGAAUUAGGUACAAUAUUAUUUGCAAUAUAAUUGCAUACAACAUUAAGAAAAUAAGAAGCGCUACAGAAAGUUAUGAAAUCGAACUUAAUUUAAUUAAUUUAACUAUCAAAGCUAUUUAUGCAUAUUGGAGAUUGUUAAGAAUAAAAAAGGAUUUUGGAAACUUAACUGAAUUUCAAAAAUUAUCUGCGAAAUGUUUAAAAAACACUUUUGAUAAAUAUUUAGCAAAUGAAAAAUUUAUAAAUACUGCUUAUGAGCCCAUACAUGAGUCUUUAACAAUAAUUAGUAGCGAUAUAGCCGAAUGCUAUGAUAAUAUAUGUGACGAUGUUAUAGAAAUUUGUAACUUUUGUGGUAAAAAUACAGAUGAAAUUGACCCAGUUUGUUUACACGAUAUUGGUAGGUGUUGUAUCUCCAAUAUUCAGAUAUCAAGCUUAGACAUGAAAUAUUGUGAAAGUUGUGGCGAUAAUGCCGUCAUUGAUGAGCUUCUUUUGAAUCAAGUUAUGUUAGACGAAUAUGAUAUGAGAUGUCCGAUUUGUGACUAUUAUUUAAUUAAACAGAAAUUUGAGACAUAAACAAUCCGGGUCUAAAAAUAU